AUGAGUUUUACGCAUGCGCAGAAACGUAAUUUCUCUGUCGCUUCCGACACGUACAAAGAGGUUGUCAUUUAAAGGGUUCACAGCUCACUUGUAUGUUAAGAAAAGCUUUUUUUAAAUUUAUUUUACAAAUUCAGGUCCAAAACAUGAGCACACUAUGGAUGGGAAACUUGGAGCCCUACAUGGACGAGAAGUUCAUAACCCGAGCCUUCGGCACCAUGGGGGAGUUGGUGGUGAGUGUACGGAUUAUACGCAACAAGAUGACUGGUAGGGGUGCAGCAGGCUACUGCUUCGUGGAGCUGACGGAUGAAGCCACAGCUGAGAGGUGUCUUCGUAAAGUCAAUGGAAAAGCACUGCCAGGAGCCACACCGCCUCGAAGAUUCAAGUUAAACCGGGCCACUUUUGGGAAGCAAGGAGAAAGCGGUCCACUCUAUUCCCUGUUUGUUGGGGAUCUCACACCUGAAGUGGAUGACGGGAUGCUCUACGAGUUCUUUUACAACCGCUACCCUUCCUGUCGUGGGGGGAAGGUGGUGCUGGAUGGCACGGGGAACUCCAAGGGUUGUGGGUUUGUCCAGUUCCCAGACCAGAGGCUUCAGAAGCUGGCACUGGAGGAGUGUCAGGGAGCGGUGGGGCUCGGGAGCAAGCCCCUACGACUGAGCCUAGCUGCUAACAAAACUCGACAUAAUCAAUCAGACAACAGGGGAUGGGGGUCCCACGGAGGAGGCUACAGACACAACCACAACCAAUACAAUCAGCACAAUCAACAGCUGUACGGUAGUGGAUGGGGCUCUUGGGGCUACGACCAGAAUGGGGGCAACUAUGGCGGCUACAACUACAACCAGUAUGAUUACACACAGAAUCCUGCACAGGAAAAUGAAGCUUUUGAAGAUGAUGGUCUGGAAGAUCCUAACCCAGAGCUGGAUGUGUUGGAAGCCAACAGGAAGUUUAUGGAACACAGUGAGGAACUGUAUGAUGCCCUUAUCCAGUGCCACUGGCAACCCUUGGAAUCCUCGGAACAAACCUUUGGAACCACGAGUACCCUUCUAGAACCUGUCUACUGUUGAGGCAAUAUUCUCUUGCUAUGUUAUUUGGCCUUUCAUAUUAUUUUCUGUAGGCUAAAGACAUCCCCAGUCCUUGACAAUAACUGCCAUUUGCUUACAAAUGUUGUUUGUUAAUCAACAAAAAAUGAUUUAUUUUGUGCAUCUAUUGACAUCUCUUUUUUUUUCUUCUUUUUUUUAAACAACAAAUAAACUGGACACGUGGCUCAUCCUGUA